AUGUCCUUCUCCAAUGCAACUUUUGGCCCCCCAGAUUUCUUCCUAACAGGCUUCCCUGGGCUGGAAAAAUCCCACAUCUGGAUCUCCAUCCCCAUCUGUUCCAUGUACUUUGUGUCCAUCGCUGGGAACUGCACCAUCCUCUUCAUGAUCUGGACAGACCAAACCCUCCACGAGCCCAUGUACUAUUUCCUCUGCAUGCUGGCCCUCUCAGACCUGGGCUUGUCUUCGGCCACUUUGCCCACCAUGCUGAGCGUCCUCUGGUUCAACCACCGCUGGAUCCACUUUGAUGCCUGCCUGGCCCAGAUGUACUUCAUCCACACCUUCUCCAUCACUGAGUCAGGCAUUCUGCUGGCCAUGGCCUUUGACCGCUUGGUGGCCAUCCGGAACCCCCUGAGAUACACAUCGAUCUUGACCAAUGAAGCCGUCAUCAAGAUUGGGCUGGGGGCUUUCCUCCGAGCUGCCUUCCUUGUCUUCCCCGCUUCCUUCCUUUUGAAGAGAAUGCGGUACCAAAAAGAGAACAUCUUGUUGUAUUCCUUCUGCCUUCACCAAGAUAUCAUGAAAGCUUCCAGCUCAGACAGGAGAAUCAGCAGCAUCUACGGCUUGCUGGUGAUGCUCUCCUCCACCGCGGUGGAUUCUCUGUUGCUGGUCCUGUCGUAUAUCAUGAUCCUGAAAACCGUCCUGGGUGUUGCUUCCAAGGAAGAACGCUUCAAGGCCCUCAACACCUGCAUCUCCCACAUCUGUGCCAUCCUUUCCUUCUACAUCCCCAUGCUUGGCCUCACCAUGAUCCACCGAUACGGCAGGAGUGCUCCCCACAUCGCUUACAUCCUCCUGGCCAACAUCUACCUGCUGCUGCCACCUCUAAUGAACCCAAUCGUGUAUAGCAUGAAGACGAAGCAGAUCCGGGCACGGAUCAUUGGAAAGUUCCGGAAGAUGGUCAGAGCUUCAGAGUGA